AUGGACCAUUUACAACAACAGCAGCCGUUUAACGACAGCAACCCUAAUGAAGAAUGCAUAGAACCGAACACUUCUUCUAAACAUGAACUUCAAACGUCUUUCAAAGAAUUGUGCGAUCAGCAAACGGCAGAUUUCCCUAAGAAAACACAAUAUGUGAAACAAUUGGUCAAUAAUGCCAAUAUUGAGAAAGAACUAGCGCUUUCUGGCAACGUCGUUCCUACAUCACUUGCUGUAAUUCCACAGCUAUCGGAAUUAGGCAGUGGAGUCGAACAGGUUACCAAUCGCAAAGAUCAGAAGCGUCAACAAGUUUUCAUUGAUAUCGACCAGCGAAACAAUAUCAACAUUGAUCGUCGAAUCCUGCUCACAGAACAAACGACGGUGCCAAAAAAUGUAUUAAUUCCAGUCAAGACUGUUCAACAUAAACGAGGGAAGCCGAAUUGUAUCAAGUUUCCCGCUCAUAUAGAAAUGCAACUCAACGAGCCGAACGACUACGUAUCGAAAGUAUCCGAAGUUUCAACUGAAUUCAUCUAUGACGAUAAAAUCAUUUCAGUCAACGUUGAACAGUUUAAAAAUAUUCCAAUAUUCGACAAAGGAAACUUCGGUUCAGUUCAUCUAACCACCAUUAAAGGUCUACCUGAAGAUCGUAUGGCAGUUAAACGUAUUCUACGUCGAAUAGACGAAAAUGGACGCUCAUCAGCGGAUACUGAAUUAGCAAUGAUGAAAAAGAUUGGAUCUGGAAGCACGCCUUAUAUCGUCAAUUAUUAUUGCGCAGUGAUCGAUCCCGUUUCCAAUCAGCUGUGUAUCUGCAUAGAGUGGAUGGAUACAUCAAUAAAGAAAUUCUACCAAGCUAUGCAUCCACUUGAUGAAAUUGCCAUUAACAAACUUGAUCCUUUGAUGCAUCGUAUUAUUCAUGAUAUUGCUUCUGCACUUUAUAUUUUGGAAACUAAACAAAUUAUUCAUCGAGAUGUCAAACCUGCGAAUAUGCUUAUCAACAAGAAUGCUGUAGUUAAACUGUGUGAUUUUGGUAUUUGUGGUGAUUUGACUGAAAAAUUAGACUUCCGCACUGUUGAAGGCACUUUUGAAUACUUACCACCAGAUCCCGAACCUGAUGCCAUUCAUGAUGAUAUGUGGGCAUUGGGCAUUAGUUCACUGGAAAUUGUCAGUGGUCAACAUCCGUUUACCGAUUGGAUACCAAAUGAAAUACCGUUCAAAAUUUUAAAUUGGGAACCUAUAGUUCCGAUGACAGUCUCUUAUGAAAUACAACAACUUAUUCUGCAUUUACUGAAAAGAAAUAGUCAAGAGCGACCACACUCUUACAUCGACAUUCUAAAUAAAUCUUUCAUUUGUAACGUACUUCAAACACCGUCAAAUGAUGAAAGUGAUUUUGUUCGUGGUGUUAUCGAGAAAAUUCCUUCGAUUGACAAUUUCAAACAGUGA